AUGUCUGCCCGUUUGUUUCACCAGCACCCGUUGCAGCGGCUCUCGAGCCCUUCCAGGGGCCUUUCGGCUCUAGUUCACGCAUAUGGCUGGCAUUUCCAGUAUUUGACUGUCAUUGGUCUGGCGUUAUCUACUUUGACCUUUGCUGUUGCCUUGUUAGCAGAUAUUACCUUGUCUCGGCGCCUAUUUCUGGUCAAAAACCUACUGUCAAUAUGCAGUGCCCCAAUGGAGGUUCUGAUCAGCAUUCUGUACUGGGGGCUUCGAGUGAUCGAUGAGCGAUUAGUGGUACCUGAUUGGGCCGUGAUCCCACUCCAUGCGGAUAUUGGCUUCCAUGCAAUCCCAGCAUUGGUGAUGGUGGUGGAUUUACUUUUCCUGUCUCCUCCGUGGACCAUCACUGCUUUGCCCUCGCUAGGGCUCUCGGCAACCAUUGCUUUUGCCUAUUGGUUUUGGGUUGAGCAAUGCUUCUUGUACAAUGGAUGGUACCCAUACCCUAUUUUCGAACAACUGUCGACCGUGGGCCGUGUUGGGCUUUUCUCGCUCAGUGCUGCUGUGAUGGCGUUUAGUACUGUAACCAUUCAAUGGCUGUAUGGUCGAGUCAAUGGAUUUGGAACUGGUAUCCCGGCUCAAUCUCGCCCAGGCGAUAUUAAACGGAAAGAGGGUCUGUGA